UAUAUAUAUAUAUAAACUGCAGGGAUUGCUCUAGGGGUGAUUAUGCUUCUGUUAGCUGCUUGCUUGUUGUAUUUGGAGCUGAGACGAAGAAAAUCCAAUAGAAGAAAGCAAGAGAACUUUCUUCAAAAUGGUGGCAACUUGUUACAAGAAAAACUCUCUAGAAGUGAAAUAUCUCAAGACAUGGUGAAGAUCUACAGUUCGAUCGAACUGCAAAAGGCGACGAACGAGUUCAGUAACGAUAUGAUCGUCGGACAAGGUGGCUUUGGCACUGUGUACAAAGGCAUAUUACCCGACAACACUUUAGUUGCUGUAAAAAAGUCCAAAAGAGUCGAUCCAAACCAAACCGAGCAAUUCAUAAACGAGGUGCUCGUUCUUUCUCAAAUCAACCACAGGAAUGUGGUGAGGCUCCUAGGUUGUUGCUUCGAAACCGAAGUGCCCCUUCUCGUUUAUGAAUUCGUAGACAACGGCACACUCUCUUCGCACGUGCACAAUCCGUCAAAGGCCCGUUAUCUUAAUUGGGAGACGCGUUUAAAGAUAGCUGCAGAAACUGCCGGCGUGCUUUCGUACCUACACUCUUCGGCUUCUACAUCAAUCAUACAUAGAGAUGUCAAGUCGGACAACAUUCUUCUGGACAGUAAUUACACAGCUAAAGUGGCCGAUUUCGGAGCUUCGAAAUUGGUUCCUCAAGAUCAGACUCAACUAUCUACAAUGGUGCAAGGUACAUUCGGAUAUCUUGAUCCCGAAUACAUGCAAACAAAUCAGUUAACCGAAAAAAGCGACGUUUAUAGUUUCGGAGUUGUACUAUUGGAGCUACUAACCGGUAGGGGGGCAAUACGGUUCGACAAACCGGAGGUGGAGAAGAAUUUGUCGUACUUCUUUCUUUCGUUGCUAAAGGAAGAUCGAAUACUCGAAAUUAUCGAUGAUAGUAUAGUGGGAGAUAAUUAUGAGCAGAUAAUGGAAGUUGCUAAGCUUGCGAAAGAGUGCUUAAAUGUGAAAGGUGAAGAUAGGCCUAGUAUGAAAGAGGUGGCUAUGGAGUUGGAAGGUUUGAGGCUCGGAGGAAAACAGUACUCGUGGGCCCGAAACAACGAAGACGAGACGGAAUCUUUGAUGCUCCGUGAGCGGAGUAUUAGUGGCUUUGUUAAUGGUGAUGGUAAUAGCACAAGUGUUGGAUUUGACAGCAUUAGACAAGAGGUAAUUCUGCCUGUAUUAGGUGGAGGGAGAUAGAACAAAGUAUUUGUUCAUGAGUUUGAUUGUGUGUUUGUUUUGUUGUACAAUAAUUAAUAGCAUUUGUGCUGCAAAGUGAUGAGUGAUUUUUCAUCUUCAUUUGAUUAAAUAUAUGUUGUGAUUUGUAUACAUAACUCUGCUAUUAUGAAUAUAUGAAGGUUGAUUUGUAUAGAAAUUAA